AUGUCCGCCGCGAGCGCCGCCUUCGCCGCCGCGCCCGCGGUCGUCGCGCGCGCGCGUCGCGGAAACGCGUCUAGCGCGAUGAGCGCCGCGUGGCGUUCCAAGAAAAAGCGCGAUCGUCGCGUCAGCCGAGACGCCGCCCGCCGUCCGUCGUUCUCGUCCUCCGCGUUCGCGUCGAGAGACGACUCGAGUUCGCUCGCGACGUCGAACGCGCGUCGUCGCCGCGCGCUCCCGCCGGCGCGGAGCGUUAACGGCGACGAGGACGCGAACGACCGCGCCCCGGAGGAGGCGUCGCGCGACGCCGCGUCCGCGCCCGGGCCGAACGCGCCGGCGGGGAAAAAGAAAUCCGCGCCGUCGUCCCCGCUCCCGCAGCUGUCCCAAGCGCUCGGGACCGCGUCCGAGGUGGGGGUCGAGACGGUCCUGAAAGUCGCCGCGAGUCGAGGGAAGGUGUGGAACGGUCGCAUCAAGCUCGCGUACGCGGCCGUCAGCGCGCUCAUCGCGCUCAACGCCGUCGCGCUCUUCUUCCCCAACGGGUUCGGCGCCCCCGCGGCGGCGCCGGAGUUGUUACGCGUCGCGGAGGUGAUGGUCCUCGCCGCGAGCGCGCUCCUCGGCGCGUUGAACUUCGGGCCGCAGGCGGGGAAACAGGUCCAGGGCGGCGCGCUCGGUCUGAAGAACUUUGGCGUCCAGCGCGCCACCGCGAGAGAGUUCUUGGGGCUCGUGUGCCUGAAGAUCAUCUUCGACAUGUUCGGUCUGAUAUCCCUCGCGAUACCGCUGACGUGGCUGCCGGGCUGGCUCGUCGGCGCGAGGUGCGCGGGGAUGUGCGUCACGAUGCUCGGGCACUCCGUGUUCGUGGAGCAGUGCGGGACGCUGCGGUGCACGUUCACCGCGGACGGGAGCACGAUGAACAUUCCGCCGAAAGUCAUCGAGCUCGUCGCCAUGGGCGACCGGACGUUGGCGUUGCUCGUGUUUUCCGUAGCCGCGGGGGUGUACAGCAACGCGCCGUACGUCGCGCUGCCGUCCGCGGCGAUCUUCCUCGCGGGCGCGGUGUACUUCACGUUCGAGAACAAGAAGGCGAGGCCGAAGCCGAAGCUGAACCUGUAAACGAACGUUUCGUAAGUC